AUGGUACGGGCUAGUAGUGUUGUCAGGCUUUAUCUUGCUUGUGUAGCUGCCGCAGGGUCAGCUCUCGCUGUUGGACUUCGUGCAGGACAAAUUAAAAAUCUCGUCACUUUCGGGGACAGCUACACCGACACAGUGAUUGUAUCUAACGGGGGGACGCAAUGGCCAGUCUACGCAGCGGGCUUCGCACAUGUGGACCUCUUCCCAUUUGCCAGAUCAGGCGCGACCUGCUCAAACAACCUCACCUUCAGACCUUUCCCUUCCCUCUUCGAAAGCCAACUGCCUACAUACUUUAACGCUACGGGCACCGCCCCAAAUACCAAACCGCCAAAGAAAGGAAUUGUCAAUCCCGACCAGACACUUUAUACAUUGUGGCUUGGUACCAACGACGUUGGAUCUAAUGCACUCCUUACAGGAAGUGACCAAGCUAGCUUAGUGGAUGUCACGGAGUGCAUGAUAAACUGGGUCAAAGUACUGUUCUCCAGUGGCGCCCGUAACUUCCUCUUCCAAAACAUGAUCCCCCUGGAGACAGUCCCGCUCUACUCACCAAAUUCGUAUCCUGCUCGAUACUGGACUGCACAACGAAACACAACCGAAUGGAGCGUGUUCAUGAAGGAACUUGUCUUGUCAGGAAACGCUUUGACAAAGCUUAUGCUACAAGCUUUGGCGCCCACACUCCCUGGUGCUCACAUAGGUAUAUUCGACUCCCAUAGCCUCUUUGCCGACAUGUUCGCGCACCCUGCUUUGUAUUUGAACGGUACUGCCCCACUCAAUGUGACUGGUGCCGUGCAAGCCUGUGUCUUUGAGCUCAAUGAAUCUACGAGCGACACGGGGGACUGCACCAUCGCAAAAGGAACAGAUAGGGAUAGCUUCUUGUGGUUUGAUGAGCUCCAUCCAAGUGAGCAAGCAGAUCGGAUUGUGGCCAGGGAAAUUGCACAAGUUAUUGAGGGAAAGAAGAACAAAUGGACCACUUGGCUCAGUUGA